AUGUCCAACACUGAUACUAUCGACACUCCCACGGGACCUACCCCUUCUCCCAUCACACCCACUAUCACUGCCGCGGACGAGGGAGAAGCUACUCCUGAUACUCCCACUAAUUCCACUAAUGCGGCCAAUCCUCCGUCCACUAUUCUACUGAAUACGCCCAGCGCGAUAUCUCGGGCUUCCUCCACCUCAAGCACAUCGAGCUAUGGCUAUGGCGUUCGGAUUGUAGAGCCGGAUGAGGAGGAAGACGAUGUGCCGUUCAAGCGGAUGAAAGACCUGCAGAUCGGCAAGUAA